CAACAAUUCGGUCCAGAAAUAGUAGUCCCUAAUGAGCCCCCUGGCCUUGGCCCCCACCCGUUUGAAGCAUCCUCCACCCUCCGCCGGUUCCCCGUUUCGCUAUCGUCCACCGCCAGCCAGGUGAGAAGGCCAUGAGUAGCUCGCGCUAUCCGGCUGCUGUGGUGGACGAGGGUAAUGCUAAGAUGGCGGUGAGGGAGUGGGUCGGGUGGGAGGAGGAGAUCAUGCUAGAGGACGGCAACGGCGAGGAGCACAAGGUGUGCUACUUCCUCCUCCGCGCGCCACCCCAGGACGGCGGUAAGAGCGAGAGGGAUCUGGCGGUGGUGGGUAAGUAUUGGGGACCUGGGAACAUGCUGUACUCAGCGGACUUGCAGUUCCUGCAAUCCCUCCAGACGGCGCUCAAGUCUGGGUCGGCGUCUGCUAGGGUGGCGACGCUGGCGUUGGAGAUCACUCAGAUCAGGUGGAAGUCUAGGAAAGAGGUCAUGGACUGGCUCACCUCGCUCGUCUCAGAUCCCCCGUAUGGAGCCUUUGGAUUGACUUGUCCCGACUACCAUGAUGGUGCAUCUAAGGAUACCCCCUCAACACUCUCUACUGUUGGGGAAAAUAAAGAAGGGUUCACAUGGAUAUGCAAAUUGCCCCAUCUUGAUCAACGUCGCAAGCACUACAAAUCCUUUUGCCGAGAGGGAAUGAGAAUUUCGGUUCAUGAUUUUGUGUUCAUCAAGAGUGGAGGGAGAGAGAGCCAUGUUGCCUAUGUGGAAGACAUGUACGAAGAUGGCAGUGCCAAGAACAUGGUGCUGGUACGAUGGUUUGAGGAACCUGAUGGUGAGCACGGUGUUGCAUUGCCCCCAGAUCUUUAUUGUAGGGAGAUCUUCUUUGGAUAUGGGCUGCAAGAUCUGAGGGUUGAAUUUGUGGAGGGGGUGGCAGUGGUCCUGAAUCCACAACACUUUGAGAUGUUCAAGAAAAUAAAUGGAGGGUGCAGUAGCUGGCAGCCCUAUGUAUGUCGUCGAUGCAUCGAUGAUGACACUGUCGGGCCCUUUGACAUCGCGCAGCUCCAUGGAUAUGCAAAGCAGGAGAUAGUAAAGGAAAUUGUUGCCGCAUCCUCGUCGACGGUGGAGCAGGCCAAGCCACCUAAUAACAACGGUAAAGCUGCCAUUACUGGUCUGGCCGCCGAGAACCAUGCUGGUUCUUCCAGCACUGUUACCGGUGACAAUACCAUGCAUAAGCAGAAGGAGAAGCCCCCUGCAUGCAGCACAACUCCUUCCAGUUCCAGCUCUGUUAUCAAUGACAAAACCAUGGAGAAGCAGAAGCCUCCUCCAUGCAGCGCAACUACUUCCACUUCCAGCACUGUUAUCGGUGACAACAAAACCAUGGAGAAGCACAAGGAGAUGCCCCCUCCAUGUAGCAUGACUCCACAGAGCACCAUCAAUGGCCAGAUCAUCGAAAGCAGUGUCGUUCCCUGUAGCGUGGUGAACUGUCAGACCAUCGUGCAUAAUCAGCCGCCCCCAAGUGGUACUAGUACGUGUAAUGCAGCAGCCAAUGAUGCGUCAACCAUGGUGAACCCUGAGAAGAUGUUCCAGCCCGGCUGCCGUCUUGAAGCCCUGUCCCAAGACAGCAGCGUGAGGGGUUGUUGGUUCAAAUGUGUGGUACUCAAUAGGAGGGAGAAAGAUAACAAGGUCAUGGUGCGGUACCAAGACCUUCUGAAUUCCGAGGGCAAGGGACAGCUCAGGGAAUGGCUCAAUGUUGCAAGAAUUGCAGAACCUGACCACUUGGGCAUACGCCUUACUAAAAGGCACAUGCUUCGCCCACACCUCCCAAGACACAACAGGAAGAUCGAGUCUCCGGUGGCUGUCGGGGUCAUCGUGGACGCGCGGCUGAAUGGCGGAUGGUGGGAGGGGAUCGUGCUGCAGCAGGAGACUGCUGGCCACGUCCAAGUUUAUCUCCAAGGGGAGGGGAGACUUGUGGAGCUCCGAGUGGAGUGUCUGCGAAAGUCAUUUGAGUGGCAUGAGGAGCAAUGGAUGCCUCUAGAUGCAAGAAAGGAUGUUGCAGCCAAGAUAACCCUUGACCUGAAGAAGCAGCAGGGCGUCCAGCAAUCUGCAAUGAACAAGGGUGGUGAGAGCUCUUCAAAACAGAAGGCUCAGAAGAUGGGUGAGCAGUCUAGCCAGACGGCGGCCGUCGCAGCCGCAGAGCUGGCUGCGCCAACCGCAGGACUGGUGCAGCCUUUGGAGGAAGGUGACGAUGAACCUGCAAACUCUGCUCCUCCACGGAAGAGGUUCCUGGCUCAGGGCUACUCUUUCGAGGAAAAAAGGCUGGAGGAGCAGGCCAAAAAGAUCAAGGGUCCUGUUGAUGAAGCUGCAAAACCAGUCGCAGCGGAGGGAGAUGGCAUGCUCCACGGCGGCGGCUCAGCUGAUGCCAAGCUGUGCCGGGUUGAUCCUACAAACUCUGACAGCCUGAAUGGCGCUGAACGCAAGGGCAAGGCUCGAAAAUCUUCUGGCACAAAGAAAAUGGGGUCUUCGGAGAGCAGCAGCCAUGGAGGCACCAGUGGCUCUGCCUCCAGUGGAGGUGCUGCGCCGGUGAAUCCAGUGCCCAUGGAAAAGAUAUGCGUGACCAAUGGCGAGGCUCCUGUCAUCGCCCUGGACGAAUCGGAGGUGAUCGACCUGACCAUAGAUGACUGAAGCUGGUGGCAGGAUAUGAUCAAGUCUGGCCUCAACUUUCCAUUCAUGAACCACCGUUUCUCAAACAUUUCGCGCAUUCGCCUAUUGCAUUUGUGCGUGCUUUUUAUUACCAUUCUAGGCACAUACUAGUUGUCUGUGCUUUCUGAACUUGAAAUAAAAGGAGACAUUCGUCC